AUGGAGCCUCAAUACCGUCGUCCCAACUUCUCCAACCCAACUUCUCAUACACAAGCGGUCUGAUGAUGGACUUUCUCCGGGGGCGGGCAUCACGAAACCAGAUGCUGCCCAGCCAGCCAGCGCCUCCCGUACGCAGACCACCACAACAGCCCUGGACGAGCCUGGAACGCCAAGAGCCAUGGAUCGUCCAGAGACGCCGAAGCAUUGAGGGCGUGCGUGUUGCCUAGGUUCUCAACUCAAGGCUUCUUUCUCUUAAUGGCAAGUGCCUGCAUCCUCCGACUGGUUAAGAUUUGGCUUGUCUUUUGCUUGUUCAUUCCUGUCAUUGUUGGGAGCAAACUGGGCCGCCUUCGCUUCCGAAUCUGUUUCUUUCGCUCUCAUCUUGCCCUCCACUUCUCUUCUCAAAUCCCUCCCCCUUUUUUAAUAAUAGCCUGCGGACUGGUAUCCUCAGCAGAAUGUUGACCAUUCGUCUUGCUCUCGUGGCCCUCCUGACCGUCUUUGGUGAGGUCCAGGCGGUGCCACAGACCCGUGGGCGGAAAGGAGGAAACCGGAACGGUGGCGGCAACACGGCUCAGCAGACGCCUCAGCAGCAGGCAGCUGCCAUCCCCCAGGGCAUCUCCCAGGCGACAGAUGGCUCCACGAUCUUGGAUAUGACUGCUACAGUCAAUAACCUCGACCUCCGGUUCAAGAUCUCCGCUCCGGCGGACCAGUUCACGACUGCCUCCGGAGUUCCGGGAGCCGCCGCACAGCCUGGCGCACAGGGCCCCAACGGCAUCAACGUCCUCCUCCAUGGCGACGGUGGCCAGUCCUUCUUCGACUUCCCCAACCAGGCCGUCCAGCAGGGACUCAUGGGAGUCGUUGUUCUCGCCCCCUCUGAGAACCUCCUUUGGGGCCAGUCCCAAGGCCAACCUCAGGGCCUGUCGCGCGUGGACGGCGCCGCCCACUCGCAGGCCGUCAACGAUCUGAUGCAGCAGGUGCUCCCGCAGAUGGUGGCCUUCAACUCGUCCAACGUCUUCAUGACCGGCGUGUCUGGCGGCUCUCUCACACUUUCCGGCUUCUUUGUCCCUGCCCACAUGGCAAACUUUGCGGGCACCGGUGUUCUCUUGAUGUGUGGUGCGCUCGCGCCCCAGGUCGACUUCAACAACUCCGCCGCCGUCGCCUCCACGACCAAGAUUCACUUCCAGAGCACGCAGCAGGAGCUUACCAGCCUUCAGGGCGCCAUCCCGGAGGCCAUUACCGCCUACGAGCAGCUGGCCACGCAGGCUGGACUUGAUGCCCAGCAGGUCGGCGCGCUGCAGACCGUCGACAACACCCCCAACGGCGGCCACUGCGAGUUCGACGAGCAGGGCUUCUCCAGCGGCAUUCAGCUCAUAUCCGACAACUUCGCGAGCAUCAUGCAGGGAGGCAACGGCGCGGUCCAGGGAAUCAACGCCCAGACUGUGCUCACACCCGUACCCGGCAACGAGAACGUGCAAUUCGCCGCUUCCAAUGGUAACAACAAGAGACAGCAAGGCCCGUACUGGAUUGGGGCCUAGGUCAUAGGCGCAGGGUUAGUGGUAUCCUGGGUAUAAGAGAUAGGCCGUGGCGGAACCCCGAGGUGGAGGACACGUCACUGGCGACAGAUUGGAAUAGUUGAGCGUCGUGCAGCCUGUCUACCCGUUGGGCGAGAAUAUAGGGAGAUCAUAGACUGCAUCAUUGCAUUUUGUACAAUGCCCGCUCUAAUUUACAACUGUACAC